AUGCCUGUCGACUUUAACCUCUCCCCCGCUGAGGAGGGUAUCAGAAAAGCGGCAUCCGCCUUCGCGGCCGGUCAAGCCGUUGCGGGAGGCUUGAUCAAGGGCCAGAUACCGCCUUCGCUAGGAGGGACUGGAGGUACCUUGGUCGAGGCCACAAUCUUGGUUGAAGAAAUGUACGCUGUUGAGCCGGCAGCAUCACUGACGAUAUUUGCAACUGGCCUCGGCUUAACGCCACUGAACCUGACAGCCGUUGGCAAGCUUGGUGUUUUCCGAACCAGGAGGGGUCGCGAACUAUCUGGAAAAAGUGCGCCGGGGCUGGUCACGACUGCCACGCCCGAGGGUGAUGAGUGGGUACUUAGUGGGGAAAAUAUCUGGGCCACCAACAGCGCUGGCUGGGACUUUGAGGGUGCGGACCUCCAAUGUGUCGUGUGCCGCACCACAAAUCCGAAAUCCUCCGAGCCUGCCGACGCAAUUAUGAUCCUUCUGGUUACAAUCGCUGACAUCAAACGCAACGCCCCGGGCGCGUUCAAAAUCGUACGCCAAGUUUCUACCGCUGGUCACACUGCCUGUUCAGGCCCACAUAUCAAAUACACCAAUUUGAGGGUCCCUUUGAAGAAUGUCCUAUGUCCCCCCGGAACCGGCGCGGAUAUCGUGUCAGCCAGUUUCGAUUGUUCUGCAGUUUUAGUCGGCGCGAUGAGCGUUGGUGUGAUGCGGGCCGCUUUUGACGCCGCUUUGGCCUUCGCCAAGCGCGAUAACCGCAGAGGAGCGUCGGACUUACUCACGAGACAAGCAGUAGCCGAUUUGCUAAGUGGCAUCAAGAUGCAGACUGAGGCUUGCAGAGCACUGACAUGGAAGGCGGCGAGCUGCCUCCAGAAUGGUCCAGGAGAAUACAAUGCAAGACGUGAGUUGGCAUUGGCAGCGAAGAUAUAUUGCUCGGAUUCAUGUACAAAGGCUGUGACCAAGGCCAUCAAUGUUGUUGGAAUAACCGCGUACGACGCAGAUCAGCCCUUUGCGGACCUGUUGAAUGUAGCCAUGGUGCUGCCAAUUUUUGACGGUGGAAACGUCGGUAUCAGACGCCGGCAUCAGACGCCGGCACAUGCAAGAUUUGAUUCAGUCGGAGGAUUAUGA